AGCAACAGCUCUGCAAUGAGCACCGUGACGGCGAUGGAUGAGCUGAGCUUUGUAGACCUUAGGACCCUGAAGACAACCCGAACCGCAUUUGGAGGCGAUAACGCUCAGUCGGAGACGAUUGGAACGGCCCUGCAGGAGAUGAGAAAGGCUGGGGCGGAGAUGAUAGAUGGCCCAGAAUACAAGGCGGAAGAAAGGUACAGGCUUGCGGUUAACAUCUACAGAGGAUUGCCGGAUGAGCUGAAGAAGCACGAGGAGAUCCGCGCAGAACUUUUCCGUGUUUCGCGUGAUGCAGUUGCACUAAAUAAUGGUGGAAUAGAGUUGUGGAUUGCUACAUCUAGCUCUACCAACGAGUUGUUUCCAGAUGUUUUGU